AUUAGGCUGCCUGCCUGCCUGCCCUCUUGCUGUGCUCCUGCUUAAAGAAAUCAGUCCUUCCUUUCCGACUUAGUUCCGGGGACGAAGUUUCAGCCUACGAGGUAUCAUUAAAACAUUGCAAGACCAUCCAGUUGAAUUCCACAGGGAUUGGUGAUCAACCAGAAGGCUCAGAAGUGGACAUCUGACUGCUUACCUACAUUAUCUGGUCUCCCGAAACCUGAAACCACACCAUGGAUGAUUUUGAACGUCGCAGAGAACUUAGGAGGCAAAAGCGGGAAGAGAUGCGCCUCGAAGCAGAAAGAAUCGCCUACCAGAGGAACGACGAUGAUGAGGAAGAGGCCGCCCGGGAACGGCGCCGCCGAGCCCGGCAGGAAAGGCUGCGGCAGAAGCAAGAGGAAGAAUCCUUGGGGCAGGUGACUGACCAGGUGGAGGUUAAUGCCCAGAACAGUGUGCCUGAUGAGGAGGUCAAGACAACCACCGCAAACACUCAGGUGGAGGGCGAUGAUGAGGCUGCACUUCUGGAGCGCCUGGCUCGGCGGGAGGAGAGACGCCAAAAACGCCUUCAGGAAGCGCUGGAGCGGCAGAAGGAGUUCGACCCAACAGUAACAGAUGCAAGUUUGUCUCCACCAAGCAGAAGAAUGCAAAACAACACGGCAGAAAAUGAAACUGCAGAGAAGGAAGAAAAAAGUGAAAGUCGCCGAGAAAGAUAUGAGAUAGAAGAAACUGAAAUAGUCACAAAGUACUACCAGAAGAAUGAUUGGAGGGAUGCUGAAGAAAAAAAGAAAGAAGAAAAAGAAAAGGAGGAAGAGGAAGAAGAGAAGCCAAAGCAAGGGAGCAUUGAAGAAAAUCAGGUAGAGGUGAUGGUAGAAGAGAAAACAACAGAAACCCAAGAGGAAACAGUGGUAAUGUCAUUGAAAAAUGGGCAGAUCAGUGCAGAAGAGCCUAAAAUAGAGGAGGAGAGGGAACAAGGUUCAGAUGAGACUACUCAUCAUGAAAAAGUGGAAGAGGCAGAAAGGGAAAGAGCUGAGGCAGAGAGGGCCAGGUUGGAAGCCGAAGAAAGAGAAAGAAUUAAAGCUGAGCAAGACCAAAAGAUAGCAGAGGAGAAAGCAAGGAUGGAAGCAGAAGAAAACGCAGCUGCACAAGAGAGAGAAAGAAGGGAGGCAGAGGAGAGGGAAAGAAGAGAGGCAGAGGAGAGGGAAAGAAGAGAGGCAGAGGAGAGGGAAAGAAGGGAGGCAGAGGAGAGGGAAAGAAGGGAGGCAGAGGAGAGGGAAAGAAAGGAGGAGAGGGAAAGAAGGGAGGCAGAGGAGAGGGAAAGAAUUAAGGAGGAAGAGAGAAGAGCAGCAGAGGAGAGGCAGAGGGCAAAGGCAGAAGAAGAGAAAGCUAAGAUAGAAGAACAGAAAAUUAAGAAGCAGCUAGAAGAGAAAAGAAGUGUUUUGCCAGAGAAAAAGCUAAAAGGGGGAAAGGUAGAAGAGAAAACAGAAGGGAAAUGGGUAAAUGAAAAGAAAGUACAAGAAGAUAAACUUCAGACAGCUGUCCAAAAGAAACAGGAAGAAGAAAAAAGGGCUAAAGUGCAAACUAAAAGAGAAAAGUCCCAAGAAGAUAAGCCUGCCUUCAAAAAAGAAGAGAUCAAAGAUGAGAAGAUUAAAAAGGACAAAGAGCGCAAAGAAGAAGUUAAGAGCUUCUUGGAUGGAAAGAAGGGAUUUACAGAAGUGAAGUCGCAGAAUGGAGAAUUCAUGACCCACAAACUUAAACACACUGAGAAUGCUUUCAGCCGCCCAGGAGGGAGGGCGAGCGAGGCCAAGGAGGCUGAAGGCGCUUCCCAAGUGGAAGCCGGCAAGCGCCUGGAGGAGCUUCGCCGCCGCCGCGGGGAAACCGAGAGCGAAGAGUUCGAGAAGCUCAAACAGAAGCAGCAGGAGGCGGCCUUGGAGCUGGAGGAGCUGAAGAAAAAGAGGGAGGAGCGAAGGAAGGUUCUGGAGGAGGAAGAGCAGAAGAGGAAGCAGGAGGAAGUGGAGCGAAAAGUCAGAGAGGAGGAAGAGAAGAGGAGGCUAAAGGAAGAGAUUGAAAGGCGAAGGGCAGAAGCUGCUGAGAAGCGCCAGAAGAUGCCAGAAGAUGGCCUAUCAGAUGACAAGAAGCCAUUCAAAUGUUUCACUCCCAAAGGUUCAUCUCUCAAGAUAGAAGAGCGAGCAGAAUUUUUGAAUAAGUCUGUGCAGAAAAGCAGUGGUGUCAAAUCAACUCAUCAAGCAGCAGUGGUCUCCAAGAUUGACAGCAGACUGGAACAAUACACCAGUGCAAUUGAGGGAACAAAAAGUGCGAAACCUACGAAGCCCGCGGCUUCAGAUCUUCCUGUCCCUGCCGAAGGUGUACGCAAUAUCAAGAGCAUGUGGGAGAAGGGGAAUGUGUUUUCGUCCCCUGCUGCUUCAGGCACACCAAAUAAGGAAACUGCUGGCUUGAAGGUGGGGGUUUCCAGCCGCAUCAAUGAAUGGCUCACCAAAACCCCAGACGGAAACAAGUCACCUGCUCCCAAACCUUCUGAUUUGAGGCCAGGAGAUGUAUCUGGCAAGCGGAACCUCUGGGAAAAGCAAUCUGUGGAUAAGGUCACUUCCCCCACUAAGGAGCCUGUUUCUAAAGAAACCCAUGCUGUGAAAUAGAGACUUUUCUACUGAUCAUCAUAACUCUGUGUCUGAACAGUGAUACCAGCCACAUCGAAAGUCAACAAAAGGAGAUUCGAGUUGAAAAUUGCCUGAGGAAUGUGUGCAGUAUCCAGAAAAACAAACCGUAGUGGUUUUAUUUUUUAAUUUUAAAUACAGAAGUCAUGUUGUUUCUGCACUUUAGAAUAAAGCAUGGAAGAAAUUAUCUUCGUAGGCAAUUCUAACACUUUCUGAAAGUAAACCAUUUCAGAUUUGAGAUCCUGAAAUAGUGAUUGUCUUUAAAAAAAAAUGUACUGUUAAGGUAUUACUUUUUUCAUGCUGAUGAAUAUCUAAAUUGGAUUAUGAUGUUAGCUGACAGUGGUACUGAUUUCUUUAGGUUGGUUGCUUUGUGGAUUUCUUUGGUAGUGAUAGUGAACCACAUUUUAGAUGACCUGAUGAUGUAUGUAUGUGCAUACACGUAUACAAACACACGAAUGGUAGAAAGCUUUUUUAUGUGCUAGACUAUUAUAUUUAGCAAUAUGUCAUUGUAACUAGCCAAUAUCACAGCUUUUUAAAAAUUAAAAAUCACAAUAUUAUAUUAAUAUUUCAUAUUUGCCAAUAGAGACAUGGCAGAAUAGGUAUUGAUAUGUUUCCAAUACCCGAUAACCUGUAAGAAAAAAGAGAGAUUAGAAGUGUCAAAAUGAGUUGACAUUUUCUAUAAAACAUAGUAUUUAGUUUAGAAUUAAAAGCAAUCUUGAAGUCCAGUGUGAAUUUUACUAAAUCUACCAUCUGGGUCAAACUCAAAGCUUGCUCAAAACUUCAUUCUUAACAAUCAAGUUCACAGUAGGUUGGCUUAGAUAAUAUCUGAGGUCUCUUCCUUCUCUAAAAUUUAAAGACAAGAAUUUUAGUGACAAGACUGUACAGAUUGGAAUUCCAUGUAUGGGUAUACAAAGACCAACUUUGGCUAAUGUCUGGAAGCAAAGAAGAAAAGUGAGCAAAAUCCAGUUUUUAGGAGUCAUGACAAUACUUCCACCUUUAAUAUAUUGAAACAUUUUUUAAAUGAAACUUUUCUACUUUUAUUAGUCACUGGUACUUGUCAUAAAUUGAUAACAUGUUGAACUUUCAAAAAAUAUAUGUAACUUUUACUAGUUUUACUUUUUUCGCCGUCUUUAUCCACUCAUCAGUUUUACACACACAAGCCAAAUAUCAGAUCUUAUUUUAGCUUCUAAGUGUUCAUCUAUUCUUCACAAUAGAUGAUAAGAGUAUUCCAGUGUCUUGGCAAUAUGUUCUAGCAUAGAGAUAUACAUAUAGUGUAGUUAUAUAAAAUUAUACCUCAUUUGACUUAACCAAAAUUGUCUUAUUCUCAAACCAAAAUUGUCUUACUCUCAAACCAAAAUUGUCUUACUCUCAAUUCCUACCACAAUGAGGGAGCCUCCCAAAUGACUAUUUGCUAAUCCACAGUAUUCUCCUGGAAGUGCUAGCCAGGGCAGUGCUGGCAUGAGGAGUGACCAGUGCCUUCCAAAGUCUAUUUUCCUCAUAAAUCAGUAAGGAACAGUUGAAUUCUCUAGCUUUUAGCACAGUUGGGCCAAAGGAAGGAAAGCCACCAAGAUUGCACAAGUCAUCCACCCAUGACAGAGUAGACAUGAGUCUAUGACAAGAUGAACUAGAAUUCAUAUGCAGUGCCCGAUUUAGUAUUGACUCCCAUCAUUGAAGUGAAAUGGAUCAAGGUUUGAAUUAAGGCCUUUGGCGAGGUAACGUUGCUUUGUUGUGCUUUUGAAUAAGAGCUUCUCCUGAUCACUAUUAUACAUUUUUUCUAGAAAGUCUAAAGUUAAGAGGAGACUAUAUCAAUCCCAGCUUUUAUUCCAACAUUUGAAUGGAAUAAGUUUUAGGGUAGAAUUUUGUUCAGUUUGGAUUUAAUCUUUUGAAAAAUAAAUUCCUUGUUUACUUGUUUGAUUACAGUUCUCUGUUAUCUGUAAGAGGUAAAAUUGCAAGGUGACUAGCGUGUUCUGUGAAUCUGCCAUUCCUAAAAUUUUAUAAACACUUGAUAUUUUUCACUGAUAAUUGAUCGCUGCAAUAAAUAUAUAUUGUGAAAAUGCAUCCACAAUAAAUGGAAUUCCUCCAAA